AUGAUUCAGAGAAAUUUGGUGAACCUGGGAUCAUGGUUGCUGCAGUUAUGCGUGUUGACCAUUCUAUGUGGAAGAGCUGAUGCUUUGUUUGACUGGAUGAAGAAAGAACCAACAGCUCCAGCAUCUGUACCCCCAACUAUGCUUCCUGCCCCUACUACUCUCCAGGGGCAAGCCCUGCCUUUUGAAAUAAGUGCUGCUGAUGAAAAAAUCUUGGCUGAAGCUAAACAAAUGGAUUUGAGUCCUCUAGACAGCUGCCACUUUAAGGUUGUCCGUCAGCUUAAGGCUACCUGCAAUGGCCUUUCAGAAGAACAGCUGGCCAAACUGGGAGUGGCUUUAUUCAACUGUCAGUCAGAAAUAGAGGGUCGCAAGACUUACCUUUGCACUAAUGAAAUGUCUAUUAAAGAGUGCACAGCUGACAUGGAUUCUGACACAUGGAACGCAUAUCACAUUGUCAGCAACCGGGCACGUGCCGUAUGUUAUGCCACACGCCAGCACCAGUUCCGUCGUCAGGCAGAGGUCACUGUAAAUGCACUCAUCUCAACUGCAACGAGUCAGCUUGAUGCUAUGAAGGAUUUGAAGGAGGGCCAGCAGGAGCUAAGGGACAUAACUGCUGCAUCCCUGGACAGGCUGUUGGAGGGUCACAGUGCCUUAAAGCUCCAGCAGGGGGCGCUAAUGGAGGGCCAGGAGCAGUUGGAUGCUUCGAUCAGUGCCAAUCUGCAGAGACUGUCGCAGGAGAAAGCUCUGAUUAGUACUGGGCAGCAGCUAGUGGCACAGCUUAUUCAGGGAAUUACACAAAAAAUAGAAAAUGUCAGUGAGCAGUUAAAAGGACAAGGAACAGAUGUGCAGGAAGGCCAUCAGUCUAUUCUGCAUGACCUUGCGGAAGUCAGAGGACGUGCUCAGGAAAUCUACAGUAAAAUGGAGCUUAAUUUAAAUGGAGUCAUGCAGCAGCAGAACACAACAGUGAAGUUCUAUUCUGAGCUCAUGGCUAAACUGGAACGGAUGAACGGCACUCUGGGUUAUAUGCUGACGUACCUGGACAGCAUGCAGAGCCGGCUAGAAGACAGACUACAUAUGAUCCAAGGCUACCUGGGAUGGGCUGGUCUGAGUCUGCGUGCUGUGUGGACAUGUGUGAUGCAUGCUGGGUAUUUCCUGUUGUCUGCGGUGCUGCUAUCCUUUUUGCAGUGUCCUAGAUUUUCCCGUAUCUCUCUGCUCAUCACUGUGCCUGUCAACGCCAUUGCUGAGGUCAAUCAGCAGUCAGCCCUUGAUCUGGUCACACUCUCUCUGCUGCUCUUUACACUUUCACUAGGCCGCUGGUUUGUGCUGCAAUUGUUGUGGGCCGUUUCUAAACUGAAGGCCUCAAAGUCCAGCCAGGACACUGCUGCUCAUUAUCUUCCAGCUCCUCCAGCUAAGAAAACUCCAGAAAAAUCUACCAACCCUGGAUGCGGCCCAGCGACCUCUUCAACACCUUUAGAAGAGAGCCUGGAUUUUGAUUUUGAGAUGGAGAGGCCAUGCCAGGACAGCUUCAUGACAGGUGACCCUUACAUGGUGGCUGUAUCUCCAGCUCACAGUUAUGGGCCAUCCAGGCGCAGCUGUCCCUCUUUAGGCACUCCUAGCCACUCUACACCCAGACUGAAAAGUCGACUUAGCCUUGGUGGGGCUGUUCUUGAGAGUGUUGCCCAAAGGAAUCUGGGAGGUGUCUUGGACACAGUGAGUCAAUCCCGUAGUUCCAGCCCUAAUCAUUCAGUUAACAGCAACAGUUCCUUCUUGGGGCGUCCACUAUGUUCUGGCAUUACCAGGCUUGGACAGCCUUGUAAGAAGAAAGCACUGUUGGGCCAGGAUUUCUGUAGGGUACAUGAGGGAGGGCAUAACUCUUAUAGUAACAUUGGAAGCUGAGCAGCGAGCACUGGAUUCUGUUGCAGCAGUGAAUGUACUGUGUGUAUGUGCAGCUCUAACAUGUUCCUUUUUAUCACUUUGUCAUUGUGGCUUUUUUAAAUUUAUUCUUUUGUGUUUAAUACAAAUCUGACUUUAUAAUAAACUUUUACAAAACAUAA